AAUCCCUCCGUCCAUAUAUAGACAUGCCGUGAAUUCUCCGCCGUGAUAGGCUCCCGGCCCCUCGCAAGUGUCUGUCAACAAAUGGCCUCCCUCCUCCGGCGCUGCAGAUGUCAGGGGCAGGAGGGAUCUAGCCUGGCGAGCCCCUCGCCUCCCGCCCCGGCAGGCAGCGCCACCCGGAUCCCGACUCAGACCCGGAGCUGAUCGCCUGCCUGUGCCCCAGCUGAUCCGUGUGCCUGAGUGUGCGUGUGCGUGUGCGUGUGUGCAGUACGCGUGUCUCCCCCUAAGACCGUCCCACUCGAGGCCUGGGUUGCAUGGACGAGCGGGGCACUCGAGUAGUGUCAACACUGGACAGGAGACGCCACGCUCGGGCAGCUGCCCCUUUGUGAUGAAGGGGAAGCCGGAACUGGGAGCGCCUCUCGUACGCUGAAUGAACCCGGAGAGGGUGUGCGGAGGGCCGUGAGUGCCGGGACCUGAUCGGAGCGUGCCAUGGAGCAGAACACCUUCUCCCGCAUAAGACUCUGGUGUCCCCGGCCUUUCGGCACCUACCUGCAGAACAAGCCGUGCUGCAUCAGCCUGAAGAAAAGCCCGGGGGGGGACCCCAAGGUGAAGGAGAGCAAGCCGGCCUCGGAGAACACGCCGCCCGCUAUUCCCGGUGCCGGCGGGGGCAAUGGCCAGAGCGAGGGGCAGAGCGAGGAGGGCAGGGUCCUGCUGGACACCUGGUAUGUCAUCAAGCCAGGCAACACCAAGGAGAAGAUCGCCUUCUUUGUGGCUCACCAGUGCGGAGGGGGUGGCAACAGCGGCCGGACCAAUGCCGUCAAGGUGAAGGGCAGCUGGACAAUGGACGGGACGAAGCCCAAGAGGAGGAGGAAGUCACAUGACCCUGCCAGGGAGGGGCCGAGGGAGCCUCUGGGCGAGGCGGAGCUGGUCUCGGUGGCCGAGAUGGUGGCCCUGGUAGAGCAGCGUUCCACCGCCACCGCGUUGGCGGGACAGGAAGCCGAGAGCCCCUCGCCCCGGCGGGAGGAGGAGGAGGAGGAAGAGGAGGGGGAUGAGGAGGAGGAGGGGGAGGAGGAGCUGGGGGAAGGCAGGGGCAGCAGCCGGGUGGCCGAGGCGAUUGCCCGGAUUGAAUCGGCCCAGCGGGGAGCCGGGGCGCGGAGGCGCAACGGGCUGGGGGCCGGCGGCGGGGACUUCAGCCCCCCCUGCCCCGCCGGGGAGGUCCGCAUCGCCUUCCGGGUGGCGGGCAGGGCAGGGGGAGGGGGUGGGCCCCGGGGAUCAGAUGCUCCGGCCGGCAGCGUUUUCAUGAGCUGCAAUCGGGCGGUGUGCGGUGGGGCUCUGGAGAAAAUCACCUGUGACCUAUACCAAAUCGUUGGGCCCUCCACCUCCCCCUCCUCGCCCCCCUCCUCCUCCUCCUCCCCCUCGGCUGCCCCCGCCUUCCAACCUGCCCCGGCCCCACCCCUGCCGGACAUAGAGAUGGCAGCGCCUUGCCCGGUGGGAGAGACGGGGCCCCCGGAUGCCGCCACCUCCUCCCUGGAGAAAGGGGCGUCCCGAGACUGUCGUGCCGGCUUCCGGGUGGAGGUGGUGGUCACCGGCGGUGUGGAUCAGUGCGUCGUCUUUGGCCGCGAGGGCUCCCCGGGCGACCGGGAGGACUCUCUCUGCGUGACGGUGGGGCAGGACGCCAAGUGCCCGGGCUGCGAGGAGCCUCCCCCCGGGCAGCUCUUCUUCCUGCACUCCCUGGCUCAGGGGCCCGAGGCCGAGCAGGGCCGGGCAGGCCAGCCCCAGGAGGCCAAGGCCGGGCCCCUCCGGAUCCGCGGCGCCCGUGAGUCCGAGGACAAGGGCCCCUCGCAGCCCGACGAGCCGGAGGCCCCCCUCUACUGCCUGUAUCGCCAUGUCUCGCAUGACUUCCUGGAGAUCCGCUUCAAGAUCCAGCGCCUCCUGGAACCCCGUCAGUACCUCCUCCUCCUGCCUGACCACGUGACGGUCAAGAUCCUGGGCUACCUGCCCACCCGGUCCCUGGCCGCCCUCAAGUGCGCCUGCCACCACUUCAAGGGGGUCAUCGAGGCCUACGGGAUCAGGGCCGUUGACUCGCGCUGGAACCGGGACCCUCUCUACCGCGAUGACCCCUGCAAGCAGUGCAAGAAGCAUUAUGAGAGGGGCGAUGUCUCCCUCUGCCGCUGGCACCCCAAACCUUACCACCACGACUUGCCUUACGGACGAUCCUACUGGAUGUGCUGUCGCCGGAAAGACAGGGACACCCCCGGCUGCCGGGUCGGACUACAUGACAAUAACUGGGUGCAGACCAGUGACACAGCGAAGAGGGAGGAGGGGAGGUAAAACGACAAAAUGAAAAGGAACUGGAGGGAACUUUUUUUUAAGAAAACAAAAACUCGCUCUCCCUCACCGUGCUGUCCUGUGAUUGAAUCUUCUGGCUUCUGUGUUCUGCUAGAGCUAUUUAAUUUUUGAUCUGUUUUGAAAUGGGGAAGGGUUGUAAAAAAAAAUUCUGUUGGAAGCAUGAUAAAAGUUUGUGUGUGCGUGUGUGUGUGUGUGAGAGAGAGAGAGUGUGUGUGUGAUUUCUCUCCCUGUUUUACAAAUUAUAUUACCGUAAUUUAAUUUUUGAUCAAACUAGAGCAGAUUUCACCCCACAAGCUCGCCGGAUCUACAGAGGGGGUCUCGCUAACCUUGCAUGGGGCAGAGGAGGGCGUUGGCAGUUGAGAUGUGUGUGUUCAGAGGCAAAAUUAGUAGGGAACCCUCCCCACCCCCGGACAUUGAAGACAACAGCCCCUACCUCUCAUCACCUCUCCCUGCCUCAGGGCUCAGAGACAGACCGUCUUCAAAAGAUUUGGCUUGACAACAAGGCAGAAGGAGACGCCAAACACAGCUCCGUGCGGCCGAGAAGGUGGGGUCUGGGUUUGUGGAUUUUACUGUCAGUCAGAAAAGGCUCCCCCCUCCCCGACCUUCAAUCAUUAACCAUUUACCCACUUAUGAAAGUGGGCAGUACUGAUGACGCUGCCCUCUCACCAACUGGCACUCGGUGACCAUAGGGAACUACGUCCAUUAUUGCUAGACAUUUACCCCUAAAGGGAAUGGGAGAUGGGGAGGUUACCUAGUCUUCAAGUGGUCCACUAGCAGUUGUAGCCAAGGACGGGUGGGAAAUGGUGCCAACUUUCCAUAAGAUACGGGAGCAGAGUUAGGCCAUUCGACCAACUGAACCUGCUCCCCCAUUUCACUUUCCCUCUCAGCCCCACUCUCCUGUCCUCUCCCCGUAUCCCUCCGUGCCCUGACUAACCAAGAAUCUAUCGACCUCGUAAAGAUCUGGCCUCCCCAGCCGCCUGUAGCAAAGAAUCCCACAGAUUCACCCCCUCUCUGACUGAAGAAAUUCCUCCUCAUCUCCAUUCUGAAUAGAUGCCCCUCCAUUCCGAGGCAGCGUCCUCUGGUCGAAGACUCUCCCACCACAGGAAACACCUGGUCCACCUCUGCUCUAUCGAGGCCUUCAACAAUGGGCUCACCCCUUAUUCUUUUGAAUUGCUGUGAGCAGAGGCCCAGAGCCUUCGGAUGCACCUCACGUGAAGAGGCUUUCAGUCCCGGAAUCACAGCUGUGAACCUCCUUUGAACCCUCUCCAUUGUCAGCUUGUCUUUUCUAAGGGGCCCAAAGCUUCCCUCUGAAUUAUUUUUACAGCUGCGCAGACCAACCGUUGCUCCGAGCAAGAAAUUUUUACACGGCCUGCAAUCUGUGUGGCAGGUGAUCAAAGCGUCAUUUAAAAGGAAGUGGCGGCUGCCCGGCAAUGAAGGCUGUGCGCGUGGGAACGUUUCGGUCGCUGCCCACCCGCGCAGGUUGGCGGGAAUAGGGAACGGCGGGCAGCGCACAGUGUGUCGCACUCGAGCCACAAGGUUCAAAUGCCCGCCCAGUUCUGAUUUCAGCUCGACGGAGGGACCCGCGAAGGUAGGGAGGUGGUCAGUCCAGAGUCGCUUCUGCUGGAUAGAAUCGCAUCAAAGCUUCGUACUCUAGUUCCAAAAUCACACUGAUAGUAAUAAAGGCAAGCUUUGGAAUUGGGUUGGCAUUGGUGACCAAGGAUGAACUUUAACCCCACACCUCACUCAUCUUGGUGAGAGGCAACAAGAAAGUAGACACCACUCCUGUCUGGGGUAUUGGUUAACAAAAUACCUCCUCUGUCCCCUCCUGAAUUUUUCUUUACAAAUGUACAGAAGUUUAUUCAGUGACAAUAAUCAGAGGUUCGCAAAAUCAUUAACAAUUUCAAGGUAAAAUAUUGUUUUUUUGUCUACAAUUCCCCGGGGAGGGGGGGUGCUGACCGUUCACUGAUCUCUUCACCCCCUCCAAUAGAGAUUGCAUGCUCCUGUAAGGAUACCCGGGCAUGGAUAUAACCCUGGGAGAGGGGCAGGCUGUUGCCCCUUGACUGACCGCUGUGUAGACCUGUGAAUGGACAGCUUGCCCCCCCCCCCACAGUACCGGUUGACCAUAGAUCAGGAGAGUGGGGUUGAAGUGCAGUCAGCUCUUGAGGAGCCCCCCCCCCCAGUCAAAAUGGCUGCCCCUCCAUAUAUAUCUGAUACGCCAUCCCCAGAGCCACUCCACCCCAGCUCCCCAGUGUGCAGGGGAAAGAUCCCUGGUUAAAGAGGCCUCUUCUGGACCGCCACAGUGUUGUCCCCCUUCUGACUUGUGCAGUGUUACAAUUCCAUGAGGAGAGGGAGCGGUGGUUGCCGACAGCCUUUCGCAUUCUCACCUCAUCGGCCCCCUCCUCUGAAGCUGCUGCAGCCAAGCCCCAUCAUUGACAACAUCUGGCUGUUGUCAUCCGACUGAGAGAGGGGCCUGCCGAGUUUUACCCCCGCCCGCCCCCCGAAAUAAGUAUUAACCCGCGGGCGUGCUAGGUUUCAGUACCUCCCAGAACGUCAGAAAAUGUACCUGUAUACCUCACCAUCAGCAAAAAAACAUCUCACUGAACCACAUCUGGGCAGCUGGGUGCUCGUGUCCAAACCAAGAUGCCCAAAUGGAAGCUGGUUGCUGUAAGAAGCUUUUCAGGUGUAACAAAGUAUAAAACGGGCUUGGCUCAGUGUCCUGUUACAGGGAGGUUCAAAGCCCCCUCCCAGUUCUCUUGUUUGUUUUUUUGUUUUACCCGGUAAUAAACUUGUUUCAAACAGUGA